UUGUACGCAAGCAUGGCAAGCAUCAAGGCCACGAUCUAAUGACCACUCUGACCAAUGCUUGAGGAAGCGAGGGCUAUUUUUACCUCUUUUAAUACUUGCGCUCGUACUAGUCUCGUUGGAAUAAUAUUCCUGCGUGCUCUGACACUCAAUGACAGUUGUUGCAUCCUUUUGCACUGAUUGCACGCAGUCGAGCUGGGUUGUGUAUGUUGUCGAACGUAUCGGGUUUUACCGAAAGCUCUCUGUAGGGGAUAAAAGUAGUAGUAUAGAUGUGAGUUGUCAUGUCGAGAUACUUCAACCCGUAGGAAAAAGUGGCUGUUUCAUGCGGCAAAAGGUGUUGUUUUGAUGGCGGCGGCUGACGGUGGCAGCCAUGGAGAGCGAAUCCUUCCUGGCGGAGCUCAACCAGCGGAUCCGUCGUGGUUGCACGGCGCACCUUGACCCUAAUGCAGAGAGGAUCUACUACCUCAACCAUGAGACCAGAACGUCUUCGUGGCUUCCCCCCGUGGAUUCGUGGAGUGCCACAUGCACGGGACUGCCGUACGGCUGGGAAGCGGCAGUCGACAAGGAAGGCCGAUCCUACUUCAUCAAUCAUGUGAGCAAGACGACGACGUACGAAGAUCCCCGCAAGGACUACGAGGAAGAACCACCACCCUGCCCUCGGGAGGUGGAACUCUUCCGCGAUCCUCAGCUGGGGUUUGGCUUCGUCGCUGGCAGUGAGAAACCGGUCAUAGUGCGCUUUGUUACCGAAGGUGGCCCCAGCGAGCACAAGUUGCAGCCGGGCGACCAAAUCCUCGGCAUUAAUGGGGAAGACGUCAAGUCCGCACCCAGAGAGCACGUCAUCGAGCUCGUCAAGUCCUGCCAAAGUUCGGUGAAACUCGUCGUCUGUCAACCUCACACCACCAAUACCACCAGGAAGUCUGCCCUCCUGACGGCUGCCAAGAAGGCCAAAUUAAAGUCGAACCCGUCACGGGUUCGCUUUGCAGAGGGUGUCGUCAUCAAUGGAUCUCCGCUCUACUGCCCAUCAACGUUCGAGUCGUGCGUCCCCUUCAUGCCGAACGUGAUGAAAGUGUUCAUGGAGAAUGGCCAGACAAAGUCUUUCAAAUACGACAGUUCAACGACGGUGCAGGAUGUCCUAAACUCGUUACAAGAAAAGCUGUCUGUAAAGUGCAUGGAGCAUUUUGGACUCGUAGUGGAACACAUCAAGUCCGUCAGGAGAAACAAGCUGACCCUGCUCGAUCCCAAGGAUUCUCUCGCAAAGAUCGCCGCUCGCCCUGGUGCGCAUCACCUGCGAUGCCUGUUCCGUGUUGCCUUUGUUCCCCUCGAUGCCUAUGACCUCCUCCAGAAGGAUCCUGUCGCUUUUGAGUACCUUUACGUGCAGUGUUGCAACGACAUGGUGCAGGAACGUUUUGCCCCUGAGCUCAAGUAUGACGUGGCAUUGCGCUUAGCCGCCCUGCACAUCCAACUGCAUGCACUCUCUAGUGGGAUGCAGGGAAAAGUCACCAUCAAGUCUGUAGAACGAGAAUGCGGCCUGAAGAGGUUUGUGCCAGCAUCGUUACUGGAAACCAUGAAGCGCAAGGAGCUCCGCAAACUGCUUGGCCACUACCUCAAACAGAACCAGGCUCUGAGUGCCCCGGGCCAGAAGCAGCUCACGGCACUCCAAGCCAAGCUGCACUACCUCAAGAUCGUCGGGGAGCUCCCCAGUUACGGGGCCAAGUGCUUCUCCACGCUUGAAUCUGAGACUGCCAUCUUGGUCAGCCCCAAGUUCGGCCUCAGCCAGAUCAAUAACGUUCGCAGCAACGUGCCUACGCAACCCGCGACGUUGGCACAUAUUGCUCAACUGUCUUCACUGGUUGUCAGGAAGGACGAUGACAUGUCAUAUAGUAUAGAGAUCAAAGUCAAGGACCCUGAUAAAGAGAGCUUAAAGUUCUCCUUGGAAGACAACGAAAUGGCAGAACUGGUGUUCAUCCUCAAGGGCUACCAUAAGCUUGUGGCAUCCAGAGAUCUGCCUGUGGACUGGGAAGUGGAAGACACUUGGAAGAUGGAUACAGCCCCUUGCUUCCAUGGUCCCCAUGUGGUGUGUCCGUCACCCUGGAGUUACCCUCCAUGGAGCUGUGCCAUGCCCAGCAUAGACUUGUCUCAUCCUCCUCCUCCAUAUGUACCUUGUGAGCUUCCCGAUCGUGGCAUGUCCAGAAGCAGUUCAAGGGAGCAGUGUUCUCUUACGUCCGUGGACCACAACAUGAACGAAACGGGCUCCACCGUAGCCGGUGCUCAAAUUUCCUUCAUUAACCACCUGUCACCGGAUGCACCGUCAGAGACAAAAUCUGAUGACACGCCGCCCGUCGUCAAGUUCGAUAUAAUGGAUGAUGAUGACGAGGAGGAGGAAGAGCAAGAUCAAGAGCUCGUUGAGACCAAAAAUAGCCAGGUUCUCCGCAGAGUGUCCGAGAUGAGGCGCAUCGUGUCCACCGCGGAGAAUUACCUUUCGGAAAGGAAGAUGAGCGACACCGCAGAACCUCGACACGACCGACCGGCUGAAGCGGAGAUCAUCCCGGACGUACAGGGCCAGAUCAAGGCGGCCGACUCGCUGCUGCUGUUGACGCAACUCGACGUUCAAGAAGCUGUCAACGAUGUCACAGUUAGGGGCGGAGCAGAGAACGAGUCUCCGUCGGAGAGCGACACGGAUAGCUUUGGCACUCCAAACCAGAGUCCGUUACAUCGGGCGUCGCGGCUGUCAGGCGCGAUAGAAACAGCGGCGCCGCGAGCCCGCAGCGGAUCCAGCUUUGGGUUGCAUAGUCCGGAUGUACUUCCCGGUCUGGGUACGGGUGACAAGGAGCUGUUGGAAUUGCUCAAGAAGCUCCAGUCUAAUCCAGACGUUCAGCUGCCCUUUGCGGAAGGCACCCUGUAUCUGGAUCCGGACAUCAUCGACCUCACAAUGAUCCCUCCUCCGAUGACUCCGGACACGGAUUUGUGUGAUGCUCCGGGUGCCCCGGAGGUACCUCCCACGUUGUUCUUGGACAAGAGGCCUUCACUUAGUGAAGAGAAACUGGAUCCUGAACACGAGGAACAUGUAGACUCUGCAAGAGUCGUGGCAGAGCUGGACAGCCUAUGCAAUGCCCUGACGGAACUGCGCAGUUCCAGCGACAACGCGCACUAUCGAGCCUUGUUCGAGCACCUUGGCUGUGAAGACCUGGAUUCGUUUAUUGCCACGGCAACCAUACCACCUCCUCCCGAAGGGUCUCACCACUGCACGGUGGAUGAGUCGGAUGACGACAUUGCGUCCUACAUCAUCCCCCCUCCGCCACCUAGCUGCAACCAGAGCACAGAAGUGCAAAACCAGGUGUUGGCCAGGUUCCAGAGGGCCUCGGAAGACAUCAGACGGAUAAUGUCCACGGAGGAGCCAGGCGGAGAUACGUCUCGACACUCGGCAGCGAUGGAGCCCCCUAUGCUGGAGUCCCUGAAGGUGUGCGAUGCCCUCACUAAUGGGGGAUACAGUGGGCUUCUAGUCACGGACGGGGAGUCUGCAGAACUGGACGAGUUUCCACAGAGGGACGUGGGCCUCCAUUACACGGAUGUUGCCAAGGCCAAUGGUAGCAUGGACAAACCUCAGGUGCCCCCCAGGUUGAAGAAGAGCACGGUGAACAAGAAGGAACAACGUUCAGGUAGCUACGACGAGACAGAAGCUGCUCCGCGGGUGGCCAGGUCUCUGUCGUGGACCAACCUUCAGGGUCAGGUGCCUCAGAGCCCUAAGGCGAGGAAACCCCCACUCCCCAUACAGCAGGAACAACGUGGCCUCUCCAACAGCAGCUCUCCCAGAAGACUGCUGCGUGUUGGCGGGAGCCCCCAGCUGGUCCGGAAACGGAGCCCCGCCCGCAGUGCCUCCCUCGGACGUGCAGCCGGACGCGCCCUCAAUGGCUUUGCGCCCCUGCACCCUGCGCUAAACUGCCUCAGCUUGCCACACAGCGAUGUGGCACCCUCGACGUGCAAGGAUGGGCCAUAUGCCCGUGCCCAGCAGGAGGUGUACGCGAUGGUCAUGCGCCUGGACCAAGUCGCGCAGACGGCGCCGGUUGUGGUUGCUGGCCCCGCCUGCAAGGAGGCCCUACUGGCAGAAUCUCGACAGUUUGUCACAGCGUCCAAAUUGUUCGUCAAAAGUGCGACCGAGGCCUCGGACGACGCGUUGGACCACCUGGUGACCUGCGUCGCCCUGUUAGACCGCAUGUUUGCGGCCGGAGAGGUGUUGGUGGUUACGAGACCGACGCUGUGCGAGCAGCUCAAGGCCGUUGCCCUGGCGUACGCCAGAACUGUGGGCACGGCCGGGUGCGGAGAUGCCAUGUCGUCCCUCAUGUGCCAGGCAACCGACCUGGCCUCGGCACUCACGACACUUAUGAGGACUCUGCGUUCAGUUGGAUGCCCCUAGGUAGGUUCAAGGUCUGCAGUUUGGUGAAAAAAAAAAAAAAAAGAUUGGGUGCGUCUCGUAAUUCGCGCGAUGGGAGGAGCGCCCGGUGCGACACCGAGGGGAAAAAAAUACGUUAAUAGGCGCGGGGACAGACCUGCCGAGGAUGAUGCAUUUUGCACCAGUAUAAUCCCGUUGGCGUCGUGUGCUUCAUCCUACAUUUUUUUAUAAUGCCUUCGAUGUACACAUCCACUAUUCAGAUCUUACUUUGCCCCCCCUCCCCCCCGACGCAUGCAUGGUGACUUCUUAUGUGGCUCAAUGGCUAGUCACGUCCACCCCGGUGACAGAUUUUUUUUAUUUUGAUCCCGAUUUUGGAAUCUCACGAGAUCCUCAAGAUUUUCUUCCAGAUCUCAUUGGCUGGAGUUUGUUUGUAUCAUACGCAUAAAAAAAACUUGCUGUUUGAUCUCACCCCGCGGGACAAGAAAAUUACGCGAGACUGUGUCGGGGUGUGCAGAAAUUUUUACGCAUUAUUUACACGAUUUGAAUGGCAGCAGUUAACUUUAGAUUUAGCUUCUCAACCUUCCGCAUUUAGUGUGUACAGAUGCCACGUAGCGCAUUGUCGGAGCUCCAGCUAUAUUUCCGGCGCAGCUAAAGACUGCAUUCUCGACCACUUAAAAGAAAUAACCCCCUUCGGCUCAUAAAUGGGACGUAUCCAGAGCUUCGGAGCGGAUGCCUGCACAAAAGUAGGAGGAAAAGUGUUUCAGCCAAUAUUUCUUUAAACGUCUCUGCAUUGGUCAGGUACUGGUGGCUUAUCUAUUUUUAUCUUUCUCAGGAAAGGUGCAAUGUUGGACAGCUUGAGGGCACAGAGGAAGGAAUAGCGCUUUCUUUUAGCCCAUUCCACAUUAGUAGCAAAAGUGCAACUCCUUCUGCAUACUUAAAGGAGCAUGGAAAGACUCGAGAACAAAUAUGCUCCCUUGCAAAGCAAUUUUCUCAGUAAAUUUGCAACUCCCAAAAGAAAUAUAUUGUGCGUGACGGUUCCCUAAGGUAGUAUGCUCUAGUCUUUUACAUGCUCCUUUAAGUAAUAUGCCACAUUAACUAAACUUAUAAUAACAAGAAUUAAAUAUUUGUUUAUAUUAGGCGGAACAGCGGGCUACUGCUUCAAUGCUGCAUUUAUCGAUUCUUACUGGGCCGGUUGAGAUGCACCUACGCAGAACAAAGACCAUUCGCUGUGCACGUCUUCAUUUCGACAGCUUAUACGAGAUACAAAUAACGAAAUUGAGAAUGAAUUCAAAUAUGUACAUUAAUUGAACGAGAAUAAUCUAAAUUUAAUGGAACGAAUUAAGUGUUUGCCUAGACGGCGGAAAAAGCUGUCAUCCGCGCGCAGCGCAUGUACACAGCGAAACAAUUGGCUGUCGGAAUGCCGUCACACCGUUUGACGCGUGCCCAUUUUCUUCCUCUGUACCGUCGCUCUGGGCCACCGCUUUUGUUCCGCCAACGAUGUAGCCUCGUUUUUAACUGCAGUCUUUUUUUUUUAGAACAAAUUGGUGCAAACGACAUCUGGAGGUGCUUUUUUAAUGCUAGGGUAUGCACCAAAGGUGUGCAACGAUGAUACUCAACCCACUCAGUUGUGCUUUUUUAUUGUGUCACGCAGUUGCCUUUCUUUGUGGCUGCCACGUCGUGUCCCACAUAAACAACCGUUUAUGACAAAUAUCCAGAGAGCAAUAACCUAUUUUUUGGCCACUUUGACAUUAUGUAGCGUUUAGGAAAGGGGUCACAAUUUUUUGUCUCAACCGCAGACUGCGCCCAGCACGAGUAGAAACCCCCCUCUCUCUCGAGUGACGUUUUAUUUUAACUUUUUGCGGGUAUUUGAACAGUACCAGGAUGCAACUGUCAAUCUUCCAAAUCCUCUGUACACAUAUUGAGGAAUAGCUGUGCAGGAAGCAUUGGUGCGAAACACAUUGUGGCUAAAGAAAGGAGCUCAGUGCCACAUGUCCAAAAAGUAAGCAGUUUUUAAGCAGUCGAGAAAACUUAUCAAAUGUUACUACCAGAACAUACAGGGUGUUCAAAAUUAAGCUUUCACUAGCACUUUAUAAAUAGGCGAACAAAAGAAAACUGGUGCUAUUUUUCACGUUCCUUGAGUAAGAAAUUAAUAAUUAGCAGCACCCGUUUCUUACACAAGUAGCGUAACGUUGUCAUCCGGUUUCCUGUCAUCGCUGUGUUUGCGUAGCGCUCGUGAAAGCUUAAUUUUGAACACCCUGUAUACCGUGGGACACUGGUAGAAUUUUGUACGGUCUUGCGCCAAGCCCACGGCCCAGAUACAAUUGACUGUCACGUAUUGGGAGCUGUAAAGGUUCUCAGCUACAGCCCAUAUUUGUUUGCUUCCAUCGAAGAAGUCGUAAUAGUCUUAGUGCAGGGCUCUGUCUGUGGGUUGCGGUUUUGAGGAACAAUCUGAAAAGGAACAAGAAAGCGGCAACUAUUGUUCGCAAGGUGCGCAUUUUUUAUAUACUACCGUCUUCUCUUCCCCCCCCUUGGGUAAGGAGAAACAAAUCUCAUGGACACAUGUGUUUUAUUACAUGUUUUUACUCUCCAAAAUAAACUUUCAAGCCAUGUACGUGGACUACAAUCGUGCCUAUUCAAACAUGCAUAAAAGUGGUAGAAAUGUAAAUAAAUAUUUCUUUGCUACAAAUCUUGUAAAAGAAAAUAAAAAAUGUGCUAGGACA